ACCCGUCACGGGAAAUUCACUAGCUUAUCAGGGCCGUCAGCCUGGGCAGUUGCCUGCUGAGGUGUCUGCCCUCCCGUUCUAGGGCCCGCAGGACCCCUCUCUGGAUCCCAGCUGCACCAACACCCCUCCCCUCCCCCCACUUUCUGCACCCCGCGCUGGGGGUGCGGGUGGGGCGUGCGCCAGAGGGUUCACUGCAAAAGCUUGGGGUGAAGUGUAAUUAGUCGUCCUGAUUGGAGGCGUUGCCUGCAGCCCAGCCCUCCGCCCUCCCUGCGGAUUCAGCCCCGCCUGCCGGCUGCGUCCCCAGGUGCUUUCCUAGCCUGGAUCCUCCUCCCCAGGUACUCCUCUGAUUGAGGUGGUCCACCUGCAAUAAUCUCCAGUCCUAGCUGUUCCUCUGACAGGUACUUCCCCAAGUACUCCUCAGAUUCAGGUGUUGCUCCUCCAGAGGUUCUCCUCCCUAGCCCUAGUGGACUCUGUGCUCCAGGGCUGCCUGGCAUCUGGGGGGUCUCCUUGGAGCUACGGCUCUUCUGGCAGAAGCUGAGGCUCACCGGUGUCUCCAGGCCCCUUCAUGAGUGAGGCAAACCAAACCACUGUGGGGCCCUCAGAGCUCUCCACGGCAUCAGCCAUCUCCCCUGGGCUGGGCACUGGGGCCCGGGCAUGGCCUGUGCUGGUGGGCGUCGUGCUGGGGGCUGUGGUCCUCUCUCUCCUCAUCGCGCUUGCUGCCAAGUGCCACCUCUGCCGCAAAUACCGUGCCAGCUACCAGCACCGCCCGCUCCCCGGAACCAGGAAGGGUGUCUGUCCGGAGGUGGGUGAAGAAGAUGACGAUGGCUUCAUCGAGGACAAUUACAUUCAGCCUGGGGCCGGCGGGCUGGGGACAGAGGGCGGCAGGGACCACUUUUCCUUCUGAGCCCCGAUCUUUGGUCACCCCCCACCCAUACCUGACAGCUGAAGGAUAGUGGAUACCACAAGGGGACCGUGAGCCUCAGGGACGGAGGUGUCUAGGGUGUAAGGGCUCACCAGGGGUAGAGCAGUCCUCCCUUCCCUGACACUGCUGCUGCUCGAGUGACAAACUUCCUCUUGCUCAAUCACCCUCGAUGACUCCCUGCUGUUCUCAGGACAGCUACCAAGGGCCGGGCUAGGGAAAUAAGGCCUCUGUCAGCCUCUUGGUUCCCUUUCUUGCCUUUCCCGACACCACUCCCUACUAAAGUAAUUAUUUGUUUUUCCUUCUCUCCUACAUGGUGUUUCUCCAUGCACUUUUUGGUCACACUCUCUCCCCGGCCUAUACUGCCCUUCUGUUCUUGCCAAUCCUCCGUGACUGUGAUGAAAGUCCCUGGUCCAUUGACUCCCUGUAGCCCAUCUACCUGCCAGCAUUUCAAAUGAGCCCGAUGAGAACAUUUUAGCGGGUGCCAAGCAGUGUGCCAACUUUCUUGUUGAAAAUUUUCCCUAUCAAUAAAGUGAGUCAUCUAAACGGUUACAGUA